GACAGCAGCCCCCCACCUCAGUGAAGGCUCCCCGUGGGCCCACAGGAGAGCCCCCCAUUGUCCAGAACCCCGGGAAAAGGGCAGACUCUCCGGCCAGGGACAACGGCACAGGACCCUGCACACCACGGUCCCCAGCUGCCCUGCGGCCCUUCUCCAGGGACCCGGAGAGGGUGUGUUCUCUGCAGACUGAGGGGGGCUGCACUGUCUCGGCCUGCAUGUCUGGGCCCCCCAGACUCUCUGCAGGAGAGCUGGCCGCCCCUGGGAGGACACAGCGCUGGAACCCAUGGACACGGCCUUCCCCCGCGAGGACCCCCGGGCCCCUCCGCCCUCCAAGGCCGACGCCCCCCACUCUGUGCUCACACUGGGGGCCCCGCACCCCCCGCCCCGUGACCACCUCAUCUGGUCUCUGUUCAGCGCCCUCUACCUGAAUCUGUGCUGCUUGGGCUUCCUGGCACUGGUGUACUCAGUCAAGGCCCGAGACCAGAAGGUAGCCGGAGACCUGGAGGCUGCCCACAGGCUUGGAGCCAAGGCCAAGUGCUUCAACCUACUGGCUGCCCUGUGGACACUGGUGCCGCCCCUGCUGCUGCUGGCGCUGGUGGUGACCGGGGCCCUACACCUGGCCCAGCUGGCCAAGGGCUCACCUGCUGUCUUCAGCACCGCCUUUGACGAUUCAGACUAUGACUGACACUGUCCCGUCGUCACCUCAGGGCCCCGGCCCCCAGCCUGACCUCCACCCCCCGCCACGGCAAGCAUCCACUCUGCCCACACCCCCACCUUAGCCCCCAUUAAAGGCCCCAGAAAGCUG